AUCGGACCAGUAAUUUUCUUUUGGGCUGAGCUAAAAGCCACAGGCCUGGCGAAAAAAGGGGUUUUUUUUUUUUUUUUGUUUCUUUGUUUCAGCUCCAAGGCAAAUCUUUUUCUGUCGAGAACAGACGCAAAAAGAGUCUCUCCUUUUUUAUAUUUUUUUCAUUAAAAACUGGUCGGAGAAAUUUUUGAGGGAGGGGAUGGCGAGAGACAGCUGCUUGGCUCGCAUCGCAGCAGGUGCUGCUAUUGGCGGUGCCGUCGGCGGAGCAGUUGGUGCUGUUUAUGGGACCUAUGAGGCUAUCAGAUAUAAGGUCCCUGGAUUAUUGAAGAUUAGACACAUUGGUCAAACAACUCUGGGGAGUGCAGCAGUCUUUGGGCUCUUUUUAGGAGCUGGGAGUUUGAUACAUUGUGGCAAGUCUUACUGAACCAAGUUGCAGCUUUUGGGAUCUCUUGUUUCCGGACGAGAUCAUGGGAGUUCAAUUAUAAACCAGUAAAUCUUAUCAAGCUCCUUGUAUGUGUGGUUUCUUGUAAAACAUGAAUAAUCAAAGUGUUCUUAUCGAAUU